AUGAGCUCCGAACCUCGCCAAGCCACCGGGGCUAGCGGUAAGGCAAAGCGACGAUUGGCGGAUCCAGACGACGAAGGCAAGGCAAAUGCACAAGACGACCCUGCCCAACCCAAGCGGCAGCGGGUAUCACGGGCCUGCGACAGUUGCCGGUCGAAAAAGGACAAAUGCGACGGAAAACAACCAGUCUGCUCGACAUGUGCAUCGCUAGGCCGACCAUGCACCUACAAAGCCAAUCCCAAGAAGCGGGGACUUCCCACAGGGUAUAUUCGGUCGCUGGAAUUGCUCUGGGGGCUGGUAUUUCAGAAAAUUCAAGGCAGCGAAGAUGUGAUGCGCGCGUUGAUGAGAUCGAUCAACCUACCGAGCCAUCUCGCAACGAUGGGCAAGGAAGCAGAAGGAUCGGAUACACUGCUGUCAUCGUUCAAGAAUAGUACCGUGUUGAGGGAUAUCGAGCGGAUGUUGGUGGUCCUGGAGCAGCCGGAGGAGGAGAGGGAACGAAGUCUUCAAGCAUAUGGUGAUGGCGACACACCCCUGGACGUCGAUGCGGUCCUUGCCUCAUCCGAGGCAAAUGAAUGGCAGAUACCAGAAGGACUCGAAUAUCGAGAGACGCCAUUCACAGGGAUAUCGCCCUCACGCACGUCCAUGAUUAGCUCUGCACCGAGACCCCCUGGGUACCGGACCCGGGAAUCUGGUGUGCAAACUAUCCCCGACGACGCACAUUCACCUACACUCGCCAUCUCCCUCAACGCCGGUGAUUCUCAAAUGAUUUCCAGUCGCAACCUUCUCCAGCUUCCCUCCAACGCAUGGCCUCUUCUUGAUAUUUACUUUUCAUACACACAAUGUUGGUUCCCCAUCUUGGAAAAACAUGACAUACUCCGCACCGCCUAUCAAUACGCCGAAGGUGAUGUCUCCAUGUCACGUACAGCGCCUGGUUCAGGGGAUCAUGCUGCUUUAUGGGCUGUUCUGGCUCUGGCCUCUUUUCAAGAAGAUUCAACCAAUGCCACCCACCUAUCCGGUCCCCAAGCCGAUCCUCAUAUCAACCCUUCGCGAAUGUAUAACACAGCUCGAGAACUUAUCCCCUCUGAGAUCGGUCCGUAUGAACUCGGUCAUGUCCAAGCACUGCUCAUCUUGUCUUUGAUCAAGUUUGGCCAGCAACAAUGGACUGCUGCGUGGAUGCUUGUGGGGCAUGCUGUUCGGAUUGCCCAAACAUUGGGGCUGGACCGGCCAUCGUUCACAGCUCCAUCCAGAUCCCCAGAGAAGCAGUUGGGGCGAGCCAAGCACGUCUUCCUGGGGUGCUUUGUGCUGGAAACUCUGAUUGCGGAGCACACCUCACAAUGUCCGUCACUGCGUAAGGAUGAUCUGGCUAGGGUUGGGGCUAUCGGCGAGGAUGGGCUGGAGGAAUGGCACCCAUGGGAGGAUCAGACUGCUUUUCGUCCAACCCAGUCUGCUCGUGCUUCCAUGCAGCGCGGCCCUCUUCAUGCACUGAGCACUUUUAACCGCCUUGUCUCUCUGGUCUCGAUUCUGAAUGAUCUCUGCUAUUACAAGCAAGACCCGACGAUCUCUCGUUCGCAACUGGAAUCACUUGAGCUGCAGCUGCAGCGAUGGGUCUCGGCGCUUCCAAAGAGUUAUCGAGUUAAUUUGGAAAAUCGUCCAGUGAAGCUGCCCUCACCUCACAUCUUCGGACUUGAAAUGACAUACCAAAGUAUCGUUGCUGCACUGAGUCAUCAGAUCGCUUCGCGGGAGAGUGACCAACACCUCCCCGAAAUACCCCACAAGGGCAAGGCCAUUGAAAGCUCCAAACGUCUACUCCAUCUUGUUCACGUCUUCAUAGAGACCUACAGUUAUUCAGCGACAGCACCGACAUUCGGGAUGAUUCUUGGAUAUUGUCUUCCAAGCUCAGUCUCUCGGAGCCUCGUGUCCGAUAUGGAAAUGGGCCUCCGGGCUCAGAUUGAACCGUUGGCGUCUAACCUAAGACAGCUAUGGAUCACGCAAGAUCGAUCCCUAGCAGGUCAAACGUCCCUGCCAAGGACUCAACCACAACAGCUGGAAAUUCCUCCUCCCAUUGAAACCCCAACAUUGCAGCACCAUAUCAUGCCAGUAUCUACUCCUCGCCAUCUCAUCUCUUCCGCCGACCUACAGCCGACUCAAAAUGAAACUCAUCUUCCACCAUCCGAACCUUUCCUCUCCACUCCAUGGCUCCGUGCCACACAAGGCAUUGACGAUGGUGGCGCACUUAUCCAUACGCCCACACCAUCAAUGACUACUGUCGGUGGCGCCUCAGAAGUCUCAGCACAGCAAGGUCAACUAGGCGGACUUCGACAGUCCAGCACGUCUGCCCCUUCCAAAUCUCAAAGCAUGAUUCCCGAUUUCCCGCCGUCUUUUCCCUCCGGCGGGCAGUACUCUACCUAUCAAGACCCUUCCCUCAACAUUCCUCCCUUUGUCGACAUGGAUGGCUACGGGCCAGCGCGCCGUCAACAACCGCAGCGAAUCGCACCAGAUCUGGAUGCGUUGUUUGACGAGCUUGCGUCGCUGGACGGCGCUGAAAAACCUGACAAUCAAUCCGAGUUCAUGCAGAACCUCGGCUUUGUUGCUGAAAAUGGAGUUCCAGAACUAUAUUCCUUCUCCAGCCAGAUUGAGCCGUUCUUGCUGGCGCAAACGCAGCAAUUACCGGGUACCGCGCCUCCUUCUUCAGUGCGACAAGAGUCUCUUAGCAUUUCAGGAACUCCUAAGAGAUGAUGUAUCCGUGGGAGCUUGGAUGUUUGGUUGUCUGUCAAAGCCGCUGGUCGGCACUCCACCCGCCGCGGAGAAGGCUUUCAGGAGAGAUGGCUCCAGGAGGACCACGUCGUGACAUAUGUGUUGAUGGUUGGACAAGCGAUUGUACAUUGACAAUUAGCCGGUGAUAAAUAGUAUAGCUAGUCUAUAAUAGGGCAUGCGGUCUUCGGAGGGGCCUGCAUUAAAGCUUGUCUACCCAGCUUACAGCGCAUCCCGAUAUUCCGAAUCUCGUAGCCACUACGAACAUUCAUUUCUUUGAG